GGAGGAAGUUGUGUUGGUAAUUGCUGAUAUGUGGCCCCUAAUUCCAUUGGCAGAAAAAUUUGCACAUGACAUUUCAUACAUACUGUAGCAGUUCACAAGUUAGUGGAAAGCCGUAUCGAUGUAAAAGGAGUUUGACCGGAAGGUUGAGAUUAUUGUGUGCACGUUAAAAUCAGUUGUACUAUCUGAGUUGAAGGAAUCGAAUGCAUUUGCUUUAUUAUAUCGUACAGCAACAUGGCAAGAAGUCAAAAGGAAGCCAUUGUUAUAAUUGUGGAUGUUGGACAUUCAAUCUCAAGUGUUGUAAAAGAUAAGAAGAUGGGAUUUUUAGAAAAUGCUAGACAGUGUGUGUCUAUGAUACUGAAGAGAAAGAUUUUUGCCAAUUUGAAGGAUGAAGUAGCAUUGAUACUUCUGGGUUCUGAAGAAACAAAUAACAACUUGAAUUAUAAAAACAUCAGUGUUGCCCAUUCACUGGGCUUGCCAUCUUGGGAAAUGGUACAGUUUGUAGAGGACUUGAAAGAGACCGUGGUGGAUGCUGAUUGGAUUGAUGCAAUUGUUGUUGCAGUAGACUUUUUAAAAGAGGAAACUGUAGGAAAGAAAUUUUCUGAGAGAAAAGUGGUGCUGCUAUCCAACCUUGACACCACCGUAUCUGAAGAUCAAGUAGACACUAUUAUUAAAGCUGUGAAGAGUGAAGAAGUAAAUUUGAUAGCAAUAGGACCCGAUGUAAACCUGAGCAUCAAACAAGAAACCAUGGAUGAUGAUGAUGGAACAAAAUGCUGGACAAAUGGUAUUGAUGCUGAGAAAUCUAAAACUAAACAACAGUUAGUUGGAGAAUCACUCUUAUAUCACGUACUUAGAGAGACUGAUGGUGUCAUCUGUAGUUUUUCUGAUGCUGUACCUCAAUUAAUGUACUUCCAAAAGAGGAAUAUUCGUCCCACACCAUGGAAUGUUGUAAUGGACAUUGGGCCAGACAUCAGAAUAGCUGUGUCAGGUUAUCGAAAGAUAACUCCAGCUACAUUACCUUCUUGGAAAACUUCUUCAUCAUUAGAGGAAGGAGCUCGUGUAGAGUCUGAAACGUCGUACAUCAGACAAGAUGAGAAUCAGACUGUUAUUGAUAGGGAUGAUGUAAUAGAAGGGUUCAGCUUUGGUACCACCCUGGUGCCUUUCUCAGAUGUUGACAAAGCCAUGAUGAGCUAUAAUUCUGGAGACAAAUGUUUCAGUGUUUUGGGCUUUACAAAGUUGAGAAACGUUCCGAGACAUCUGUUUAUGGGGAGAGGUAUCCUGUAUAUCACAGCUCAGAGAGGCGACAGUUCAGCAGAAGUUGCCCUUUCCUCCCUGAUACAUGCCUUGGACGAAGAAAAGUUGGUUGCCAUAGCAAGAAAAGUAUAUCGGAUCAAUACAAAGCCUGUCCUUGGUGCUCUAUUCCCAAGAAUAGCAUCUGAAUAUGAGUGUCUGGUAUUUAUAGAACUACCUUAUUCAGAAGACAUGAGAGAAUUUGUGUUCCCACCCAUUGUUUCAGACACCAACAAACCAACAAAGGAGCAGCUAGACUCAGUAGAUGCUUUGAUAGACAUCAUGGAUCUACAAGCUGUCAAAAAUGAAUAUGGCGAAGUGUCUGAGGCUUUCAAGUCAAAGAGCGUGGUGAAUCCUUACCAUCAGCAUGUGUACCACAGUCUUGCAUACAGAGCCAUGAAUCCAGAUGCAGAAAUACCACCUGUCAAUGAUUAUGUGAUAAAUCUGUUGAAAUCACCACAUGAAAACAAGGCUUCAUAUAAGGUGGCAGUGGAAGAAAUAAAAAAGCAGUUCCAGCUGAACGAAGUCAAAUCAAAGAUGAAUCACAAAUCAGCAGCUGAAGUAUUCAAAAAAAAUGCAAAAGAUGAAUCUGAUGAAGCACCAUCCAAUGUGGAUUUGAAAGAUGUUACAAUGGCAUCCCUCGUUGAGGCUACAGUGGUAGAAGUGGGAACAGUGAGGCCUAUUCAGGACUUCAAAGCCCUUCUAGAGAGGGGAGAAGACUUCAAUAAGGUUUGCAGUCAAAUGCAGAAGGUAAUACUUAAUCUAGUGAUUUAUUCCUUUGGUGCCGACAACUUUGUUAAAGCUGAGAUGGCUCUUCAGACACUAAGGGAGACCUGUAUAAUUAAGGAUCCCUCAUUAUACAAUGACUGGGUUGUACAGUUCAGGGACAGCCUCUUUGAAAGGGACAAAAGGGCAUUCUGGGACAUUCUGGUUAAAGCCAAGCUUGGUCUCAUCUCCUCACAAGAAAGUGCCGAGAGUUCUGUUACUGAUGAUGAUGCUAGAAAGUUUCUGGAAUAUGAAGAAUCCAAAGAACUGGAAGCAGCUUUUGAUGAUGAUAUGGAUGCAGAUGAUUUGUUGAACCAAAUGUGAAGCACCAAACCAGUCAUUCUACUGUGAUGAACUUCACUUCUAUAAUACCAGCCAUGCAACAGUUUGUGGUGACACUUUAGAAUGUAUGCAGUACAGUGUUUUUAACAAAUUGUUAAUAUUUUGCAAAGAAAAUUGAAGUAUAGUAAAUAAAUUUAAGGCAUGACA